GAGUACCUACGCAGAAUUCGAGGAUUUAAUUAUUCGUGGAAUUUGCGAUUGUAAUGAAGUGAAUUCCACCUUUCUUAGAUAUCUCGCUGCAACGCAAUUCGUAUUUUUAUAUGCAGGUUAAACCUGAAACUGUACUACUCACAAUCAAGAAUUAUCAGAUAAGGCCACAGUAUUACCGCUGGACAAAGUAUAAGCUGGUUUUAUCAAGCAAGUUUAACACGCCGUAGUUUUGCAGGUGUUACGAUUAAGAUUCGAUGGAAGAAACGGUUUCAAUGAAUUUAACGCUUCGUAAAAGUUUUUUCCUGAUGUAAAAAAAAAAAUGCAAAUAAGAUCGAUCGGGACAAUAUGGAAGACUGAACUGGCAAAAGAAGGAAAAUUUAUAAUAACGAUGGAAUAAUGAUGACACGCAGAAACGAUACAAUGGCCCGACAGUUAUAUGAAAAGCGGCGCACGCCGCCUAUUUAUACAAGUGUAUUUCUGUACACCGACACCUUCCAACUUGAAAGAAGUGCAAGGGUCGGCGAGGAUGCAACAAACAUAAUCGCAGAAAGCAUGAAGACACGCGCGAAACAAAAUCAACUGAGAGAUCUUAAAAUUUCUUUGUUUCUAAGAUGAAAGAUGUGAUUGACGUUCUCGCAAUGCAGCGUGAAAAGAGAAAUACAUUACAGAAAAGUAUCACGAUCGAUUAUACGAAAUCCAGCGAUAGUUUUACCGUUUCACGCUUCAUCUUCGAAUGUGGUUUAAAAUUAGAAGCUCAUCCAUUGACAAUAGCCACUGCUGCAACAUUAUAUCACAGAUUUAUUAAAGAAGCGACGCCACAAGGAUAUGACAAUUAUUUAAUAGCCGCGACUUGUCUGUACUUGGCUGGCAAGGUAAAGGACGAUACGCUGAAGAUAAGAGAUGUAAUGAAUGUAUCCUACAAUACACUUCACAGGGGAUCUCAGCCGCUCGAUCUCGGAGAUCAGUAUUGGAGUAUGAGAGAUGCAAUUGUACAAGCCGAACUUUUGAUUAUGAGGAUGCUCAAAUUUCAAGUCACGCCGGUGCAUCCGCAUAAAUAUAUGCUUCAUUAUCUACGAUCCUUGCAAGCUUGGUUUGGUGAAGAGGAAUGGUCCAAGUAUCCGGUUGCUAAAACUAGCAUGGCGUUGUUGCAAGAUUUUCAUCAUUCCCCAGCCAUUCUUGACUACCCACCGAAUUUAAUAGCGAUAGCUUGUAUCAAUCUGUCACUGCAAAUUUAUGGUGUAGUUGUACCUUUGAUGGACGAGUGUGAUCAACAGCCGUGGUUCAACGUAUUCUGCAAGGAUUUGGCGAGGGACAAACUAUGGGAAAUUAUGGAAAAAGUUAUGGCGGCGUACGAUGACGAGCCUGAAACGAGAGACAACUAAUAAGCGCGUGUCUGUAUCUAUUGCAAUAAUAAAACGUAUUUUAUCAAUUGCAAGCUGUA